UCACCGGCGCCCUGGGUGACCGUCACCCGAACUGGCGGUGGGACUUGAGCGACCUCAACCCAACGUCAUGCUUGGGACGGCCUCCCUUGUGUGCCAUCCGUAUUUCCUCAGAUGCGGUGUGUUGUCUUCAUGCAGCUGCUGUUGGCCAACGAACGCAUCUUACCGACUGCUACAACAUCCUGCCAGCAUCCUCUCUGCUCCCGGGUCUUAUGUUGAUUCUGGAACUGACUCAGGAACGACGGACGACACGAGGUCCCAGGUGUGCGGCUGCCGACUUUCGCCUUCGCCUUGGGGGCGGGAACUUUGCCUAUCUCUGCCGGUACCUCGCACGAGCCUAGUAUCGAGAGUCGCUGACCAAAGGCUAUCUAUAUGCGGUGUUGCGGUUCAACCCUCUCAUCAAGCUAAAAACGAGCCACUCACGUUUGUCGCUUUUGUCACUUCAUUAAUUAACCGUCACCUUGACGCCCGGCUUCCCGACCCCGCAUACUACGGUAGGUGUGACUUGCGACCCCCAGUGGCUCACGCGCCCUCUGUGACAAGUCACCUUGACCUCACACCCUUACUUGACAUAGGUUCCUUUACUUAACUUACACCUCGACCUAACCCCCCCCCCCCCAAGACCAGACUUCUCUCACUUAUAACCUGCUCCGCCGCUUUCCUCGCUCUCAAAGAAAACCG